AUGGGUGACGGCUCUGAUUAUCCUAGUCCACGAAGUGAAGGUCCCGGUGGACCUACCUCUGUUCUCGUCACUGUUCAAGAUUCGCUUUCUCCAGCUCCCAAGAUGAACGACCAACUGUCUCCGAACUUCAUGGAAGGGACGCGCCCGCGACUGUCGGUGAGAAGAGCGCGGGAUCCGCCCAAGAACACUGCCGGUCAAAUCUACUGCGACCAUCCCGAGUGCCAGCACUCGCCCCCAACAUUUCGCCGUCCGUGCGAAUGGAAAAAAAAAGACAAAUCUACAAAAUCCCCGAAUCAAGGAAAAGCUAACGGUUUUACAUACUCUGGCGGUCUGCUGAGGCAUCAGCGCGAGGUGCAUAAGAAGAACAUCAAUGCCAAGAAACCCUUGAUGUGUCCGUACGCCGACUGCAAUCGCAGCACAGGGAACGGAUUUACGCGUCAGGAAAACUUGAAGGAGCACCUUCGCCGCCGCCACAUGCACACUGAGAACGGACAUGCGUCCGAGCUGCCCAUCGCCCCGUCGCCCGAUCUGGAUGGCACCACGUCUCUUGCGGCGGCAUCCGCAGCCUUGAAGAGGAAGCGCGAAUCUCUCGGAGAUGAUCCGGCCACCCUCGAGCUUCCUGAGGAGGAAGAGAAUGGGGUGGAUCUUCGCAAUGAAUUGAAGAGGCUGCGUCGUGAGGUCCAGGAAAAGGACCGCCGACUGGAGGAGUUGGAACGCAUCGUGGCUGGACUACAGCAGGCUAUUCCUCAGACCGCGACGUCACAGGGCUAG